AUGAAGACCAUCCUGGCCACGGAGACGAUGGACAUCCCCGAGGGGGUCACGGUCACGGUGGACGCCAAGCUGGUGACGGUGGAGGGCCCGCGCGGCAAGCUCACCCGCAACUUCAAGCAUCUCAACCUCGACUUCCAGCUGCAGGAGGGCGGACGCAAGCUCAAGGUCGACGCAUGGUUCGGCACCCGCCGCACCAUGGCCGCCAUCCGCACCGCCAUCUCCCACGUCCAGAACCUCAUCACCGGCGUCACCAAGGGCUUCCGCUACAAGAUGCGAUUCGUCUACGCUCACUUCCCCAUCAACGCAUCCAUCACCAACGCCAACUCUGCCAUUGAGAUCAGGAACUUCCUCGGGGAGAAGAAGGUCAGGAAGGUUGAUAUGCUUGAAGGUGUGACCAUCUUGCGUUCAGAGAAGGUCAAGGAUGAGCUUAUUCUUGAUGGCAAUGACAUUGAGCUUGUCUCUCGCUCGGCUGCCCUUAUAAAUCAGAAAUGCCAUGUCAAGAAGAAGGAUAUUCGGAAGUUCUUGGACGGUAUCUAUGUGAGUGACAAGGGCCCCAUCUCUGAGGAGCAGUGA